CUUAAGGAUUCUAACGAUUGUUUCGUAAAAACUCUUAAGAACUAUUUUGUAAUACAAAAUCCUUUUAACUAACAAGCUUUUAUUAAGGGUAUAAAUAAUACGAAAAAAGAAAGACAAUUUAGAAUUGUAUCCUGGAGGUGAAGUCUCACUAUAACCUGACACGAAAAAAAAAAGUGUCCACAACUUUUGCUGUUUACUAAGUCGCCCAAAAAAAAAAAGAUUUUUCAGAAUCAUGAACAUGCUGUUAAAUCUACUUUGUUUGAUUUGCUAUCAGUUGACUGUCAUUACAGGGAUGACCGUUGGCCAGCGGUCUAACUCAGGCCCAUUAGAGGAUAUCAUGGAAAUAGACUCAGAGACGCCCACCAAUUUUACAGAUAUCCGCCAUCUACAACACCACGUGCAGAGGCGCAGUGCAGUUUUAUUGUGCUACCAGAUGGAGCAAACGGCUGGACCUUCCUGCCUCAGCUAUUCCGGCUACGGCUGUUAUUGUGGUUUGGGUGGCCAAGGUAAACCAGUGGAUGACGUCGACAAAUGUUGUCAGUUUCAUGACCAGUGCUACGAUACUACCCCUUGCACUUUCCACUGGUACUCAUUUUUCGUCCACUACCACGUCCAGUGUAGCAACGGCCGUUGUCAAUGUAACGAGUGUAAGUAA